UGGGCCCGUGUGAACGCAUUAAUCAGGCAUACGUUAAUCCUUUCGACAAAUAAUGUGAAAAGGAUAUACAGCAUAAAAUAUCGAAUAUUCAAAUGUUAGACAACAAAAUUUCUCAUUAAGGAAUGUAUUAUCAUACAUUACAACUAAAGUCGGAAUUUUAUCGGGUUUAUUGAAACUUUUAAGAACUAAAUUUGACAAUAUAACAGCAGAGUGUUAUAAACUUUACCUAUAGUACAAGUAUUGAACGGCAUAAGCGAUUGAAUGUUUGGUUUCCAUGCGCGGCUUUAGAAAUGUGUACAUGGAUAUAGGCGGCUCAAUACGUGAACGGAAUACUAUGAUAUUAAAUUUAAGUAUGACAAGACAUAAAAACAUGGAGUAAACAAUAUGACCGAACAAGUCAGUGAAAAUAUUGUUCCCGAAAACGGGACUACGGAGGAAGUAGGUUUAACGUCCGCGGGCAAAGAACAGGACGAGCAACUAGAAGCAACAGAACCGCCAAUAGGGGAUGUUAAUAAUAAUAAGGAUAAUGUAAAUGGGGAUAUGGGAGCUGAAAAUCCUAAUUCUCGUACAGAAGACGCGACCGAAGAGCAUCCCGACGGUCGUGGAAAAGAAAUAAAUGAGGGUGCGGGCGAACAGGGACUAGGAAGUGGUGAAAACAACGCUGUUAUGGAAGAUGAGACCAUGAACAAUCAUGAUGAUAUUGAAGGUAAGGACCCAGAUGAUAUUGACCAGUUUGAUUCAGUGUCUAAUGCUAUAUCUCAGCACGGGAAACAAGAACAAAAGGCACAAGCCUCUAAACGACAGGAAGUUAUAAAAUUACCAAGCACUGACCAAGCACCGCCACCGGCAGUUCAUAACCCGCAGACGCCGUCGGGACAGCAGUCUCAAAAACCAAAGAAAGUUAAGAAAAGUGUGUUUGUAUCAUAUUCGCCAGAUGCUGGUUUCAUAGAGAGGAAAUUUGUUGUAGAAACAGUAAAACAGCUAAAAGAAAAUAACCUUGCUGAAGAUAUAUGGUUUGAUAAGGACGAGGAAAACACCGGAAGUCCGUGCUGGUUUUCUUUGCGUAUGGAAGCUGUUGAAAAAUGUCGAGCAGCCAUUUUGUUUUUGUCAGAUAGUUACUUUCUAUGUCCCGUAUCUGUGUACGAAGGUAAAACCUUGCUAGAACGGACUAAAGCAAAUCCUCACUCUGUUGCAAUAUUUCCUAUCAUGUUCAGUUCGAUAGAAAAAUCAGAGCCCCCAAAAGACUUCAUUCCUAUGAUGAAACAAGCUGUAGAUGUCACAGAUUAUUCUAAACUAAGUCUAGCCGAGAAAACUUCCGUUGUGAUAGGAACAAUCAUGGAGAGCUUGGAAAAAUAUGCCAUGAUGAACCUUCCGUUACAAAUACAAUCUCUUGAUACCGAUUUUACAGGCAAUUAUAAGAAAAAGAAAAUAUGCCAGUGGGACACCAGUGAUUUACAAGAAUGGUUAUUUAAACUUGGUAUUAAAGAAUUUUACCGUCAGAGUCUGGCGGAAAAUAUGGUAGAUGGAUUUUUAUUGAUGUCUCUAACUGAUCAUGACAUGAUUAACCAAUUAGGUAUAGAUAGUAGAGUGGUCAGGAAGAAAAUAAUGCAGAGUAUACUGUUGACUCUGGACAAAGAACAUAAAUUACCGGAUAACUGGCACCUUCGUGCUCGAUCCCAGAGACCGAAACCGGAUGUUGUGUACAUGAUUUACGACCCGGCUGAUGUGAGGUUGGCACAGAACAUGAAAAUGGAUCUCAGGAAAAAGAAUCUACAGUUUCCAAAGGAUGGCAAGGUUAUUCACCACGAUAGUAUAAAACUAGGAAAGUCAAAAGAAGAAUUUCUUGAGAUAAAUGGUCCACAGAUGGCGACAGCGACGCACGUGGUUGUCUUAGUAACGGAAGCGGCGGCGGCGUCACCGUUCGUUUUUCACGAGGUGCUAUUUGCUGAUUGGCUGGGCAAGAAGCUUGUGUCUGCAGUUUUCAAAAAUGUUUGGCCGAACCUGAGACAUUCACUCAAAGCUGUUUUAGGUGAAUGUCCAGCUAUAGAUUUUGAAACGAAGAUGUACAACGAAAGUCUGGACGUGCUUGAGCAUCACAUUAAGCCGCUCCGUCGGGUCCCUGGUGUCGUUCUAGAGCAGGCAUAUCUCAACAAAAUGGCCGACGGACUUAAACCACUAGAAGCACUUGCAUACUCGAGAAACGGGAUGCAGAAUAUUUAUAUUGGUGACGGUGAACCGCAAGUAUUUAUCAGUUAUCAGUGGGACAUGCAAGCUAAAGUCGAAGAUAUCAAACGAGUCCUGGAAUCCAAUGGAUUAAACUGCUGGGCCGAUAUAAACAUGGCUCCACAACCAAACCGUACACACAGUAGUAAAAGUGGACGCAGUAGCACAGCGACACAUGACGGCAGCGGUGACACGUUGCAAUCAUUGAUACAACGUAACAUGAAAUCCUCCUCCGUGGUACUUUCAUGUAUCACUCCGAAGUAUUUACAAAGUGAUAAUUGUAAAAAGGACUUAAUGCUGGCAGAGACAUUCAAUAAGCCUAUCAUACCAGUGUUAUUAAGGUUUUCCCCUAUAGAGAGUGCCCCGGACCAGAUUCGCAAGAUUUUGGCCAGACUGAGUUAUAUUGACUUAAGCAAUGAAAGAUUGUAUAAACAAAACAUUGCUGUUGUUGUGGAGAAAAUUAAUAAACAUGUGACCCAAAGGUAAUGGUAUAAUAACAAUAAUGAAUGACUAAAUUUAUACCAUGUUCGUACAAUUAUUGUGUUUUACAAUACACAGGGAAACAGAAUUCAGAUUGCAUUUGUCAGAACAAGUGUACAAGAAAAGUCGUAUAUUAAAUUUCCUGAACAAUGAAGUUAAAUUUCACAAGAAAAGGUAAUUGCAAAAACGACGUAUUUAAGCCAAUGCCUGUUUUCAAUGAUUUUACUCGUUUCGUUACAAAGAGUUUUCAAGAAUUUUAAUGGGAAGUUUAUUUUUGAUGUGUAAACGUCUGAACGUCUGUGAAAAGGGCAGAUUGCUAUAGGUAUGGCGUAGUCACAUAUAUAAAUCUGAUAUCAUGUUUGUUUGUUUGUUGCUUCUUUUCGGUGCUCUCUUUGUGUUCUUCCUGUCUUCUGAAAUAUUUAUAUAUACGUUUAAGUAUUACGUACUUAGUGUAUUGACAUUAGCGUCUUUGAGUUCCCUCCCAGUUGAGACCAGUUCUCAGUACUAGAUACUCUAUUAAUGAGCCGCGUCACGACAAAACCAACACAGUGCGUUUGCGACCAGCAUGGAUCGAGACCAGCCUGCGCGUCCGCGCAGUCUGAUCAGGAUCCUUGCUGUUCGCUAUCAGUUUCUCUACUUGUAGUAGGGUUUGUAAGCGAACAGCAGAGAUCCUGAUCAGACUGUGCGGAUGCGCAGGCUGGUCUGGAUCCAUGUUGGUCGCAAACUCAUUAUGUUGGUUUUGUCAUGACGCGGCUCAAAUUUGAAAAACUUCAUGUUUCAAGAAAAGUAUUUUAUUCAUAGGUAGAUAGUGUUAACUGCUUUUAGAAUAAGCACGCAGCUACUUUGUAUUUUUAUUUUCUUCACAUGUUAUAAACUAAAUGUAUUAUUCAUUAUUCAGCAUCUAUUGUGAACCAUCCAUCCAUCAUUUAUAUUUAUUUUUUUCUUCACGUUGUCUAUUUACAGUUACUAUGCUAAUAUUUAAACAUGCGUUUUGUCUUAAAUCUAGGGAGACUUAUAAGCUAGGUCUAUUGCAGAUUUUAUGUGUCCAUAUUUGUAUAUGCGGCGGAUGUGCACUUCAAGACAUCAAGUGCACAUCUCAAAUCAUGCUUUAUUGUAGAAUUACAGGAAGCAGAAUUCUAGAAGAUUGGAUGAAAACCAUUGCUUUGUUGAUGUUUUUAUUAUACUAUGUUGAAAGUGUGAAAAUAAACAAGUAAAUACAGUCCAAUAA